AUGAUGGCUGUACACGGAGUGCCUGCCAAAAGGAAAGAAAUUUAUAAAUAUGAGGCUCCAUGGCCUCUGUAUAGUAUGAACUGGUCAGUGCGUCCAGACAAGAGAUUUAGGUUAGCUCUCGGAAGCUUUGUGGAAGAAUACAACAAUAAAGUUCAGAUUGUAUCUUUAGAUGAAGACACUUCAGAAUUCAGUGCAAAAAGUACAUUUGACCAUCCUUAUCCUACCACAAAAAUAAUGUGGAUACCCGACAGUAAAGGUGUUUUUCCUGAUCUGUUGGCUACCAGUGGAGAUUACCUACGUGUGUGGCGAGCUGGCGAGCCAGAAACACGUUUGGAAUGUGUGCUGAAUAACAACAAAAACUCUGAUUUUUGUGCCCCACUUACAUCCUUUGACUGGAAUGAAGUUGAUCCAAACUUAAUUGGAACUUCAAGUAUCGACACCACCUGCACAAUUUGGGGUCUUGAGACUGGUCAAGUUUUGGGACGUGUCAAUCUUGUGGCUGGGCAUGUCAAGACCCAGCUAAUUGCCCAUGAUAAGGAAGUAUAUGACAUUGCAUUCAGCCGUGCUGGUGGUGGUAGAGAUAUGUUUGCAUCUGUUGGAGCAGAUGGAUCAGUUCGAAUGUUUGAUCUACGACAUUUAGAACAUUCUACCAUUAUCUAUGAGGAUCCACAACAUACUCCACUCUUGCGACUAGCUUGGAAUAAACAAGAUCCUAAUUAUUUGGCCACUGUUGCAAUGGAUGCUUGUGAAGUUAUAAUAUUGGAUGUCAGAGUGCCAUGUACACCUGUAGCACGACUUAAUAAUCAUCGUGCUUGUGUUAAUGGCAUUGCAUGGGCACCUCAUUCAUCUUGCCAUAUCUGCACUGCUGGAGAUGACCAUCAAGCCUUGAUUUGGGAUAUUCAGCAAAUGCCAAGAGCAAUUGAAGAUCCAAUUCUAGCAUACACUGCUGCUGAAGGUGAAAUUAAUCAAAUCCAGUGGGGUGCAACACAACCAGAUUGGAUUGCUAUUUGUUAUAACAAAGCUCUGGAAAUUUUGAGAGUGUGA